AUGAUUCCGGGCUCUGUUUCGCGAACAAUUCCCAAGAAGCGGCGCAAUGGAAUGCUCCAAAGCUGCGAGCCUUGCCGGAAGCGCAAGCUCUCUUGUGACCAUCGAUUGCCAGCCUGCGGACGAUGUGUUCGAAGAGGGACGUCUAGUAACUGCUUCUACCACCCAGCACCUCUGACCAAAUCAACCAACAUCACCCCGAUCAGUCCCACCAUCUCAGAUGUAUCCUCACCCCCGCCGACGUCCUACGAGGGCACCAACUGGUCGCACGAGCAGCCAGCCGUUCACCAUACACCCCAAUCCCAGCCUGCUCGUCGAGAGACCACAGCAUUGGAUCCUCGGCCACCUGGAAUUCUGAGUGUCCCAUCAGCGGGGAUUCUUAUGGACUCGUCGAAUCCUUCAUCCUCGAAAGGCAGGAACGUAGGCUUCCUAGGGGAGACAAGCUCGUCAGCAGUCGUUGCAGAACUCAACAGCAGCAUGGGUAUCAAUCCGCCGCUGGAGGCUGUCCCAACAGCGUUCGCUCGUGACACGUCAAUACCUGAGUCCCAUGCUCGUUCUGGUGCCGAGGUGCUUGCGUUCUUCCAGAACAUGGAUAAGAUCAAGGAAUUCAUCGAUCGAUGGUUCGAGGACUUUGGCAACGCCUAUGUUCUGUUUCGUCCGAUGUAUCUUGUGUGGCGGGAUGGCUUGAUUCCCUUCGUACAAGACAUGAUGAACGAUAGACGCCCAGACCGCCUUGAGAGGAGAUGCCACAUGAUCUGGCGAAACACCCAGCAGCCACUCCAACACACGGGCACCACAUCAUGUCGAGACUGGGCACUCCAGUCCACCGGAGAGAACCUCCGAUGGGAGACGUUAGGACUGGUCCUGUUCAUCGUCAGUGCUUUGGCCGCUACUCUUCCAGGUUGGGACUCGGCCUUCAAGACCAGCGAUGGUGCCUGGGAGAAGAAGACUUUAAUGAGGACAAUGUUGCAUCUGAUCAACGCAUGCGUGGACCUGACCAAAGCAUGUGGCAGUCGAAAUGAUCUCACUGCAACACUCUUGUACGAAAGGAUCAUCGCGACCGCCUUUGUGCAUGGGGACACGGCGAGCGAGGUCUGGACAUCGUUGGGGGAAUCCUGUGAUAACGUUGUGCUGAUGGGGCUUCACCUCGAGACAAAACUGGAUUCUCACACACCUUUCUUCCUUUACGAAUUACGUCUGAGGCAGUUCAAUGCCGUCUACCUGAUGGACAAAUUUCUGGCGACCUUCAUGGGCCGCCCGCCGCAUAUCAGCUACCGUUACUCCGUCUUACAAUCUCCACAUGAUUUGACCGACGAGGAAAUCUGCGCAAAUUGGUCCGACGUGCAAGCGGCACUCUCACAACUUGACGAGAAUGGCUAUGCUCCUGAAUCCUUGAGGAAACGGUGUCGAUCAGCAUGGCGGAAGGCUGCCUGUUUGCGAGCAAAGAUCCGUGAGGAUGUCCUAGAAAUUGUCAUAGGCCCCCAUGUGCAGGAUAUGGAAGCCCGAAUAGUCAAUAUUCGUGCAUGUGAAAAGCAGGCCCGUGCCGCCAUGCCCCCGGUCGCGCGAAUGGAUCCCGAAGAGCUCAUAGCCAACCUCAAACAUGAUCCACAUUAUCCCAUGAUAGGUCGUGGCACCGAAUGGCGACCACAUGAUGUGCUCUGCUUCCUCAGCGUCCACGUGGCGACCCUGCACGCCGACUUCCUCAUCGAACGUGCCGUGGUGAAUCGAUUCCGCACCCACUCGGGCAAGAUGAUAGAGGCGGCGAAGCGUCUGUUUAGUCUGGUGCUCAAAACUUGGGGGAUCAAAGACUAUCUCUUUGAGUUCCAGCUUGACUUUACGGAUAUGCUGGCUUUUUAUGCCGUGCCGCCAGCUGGUGUCCUGGCCAUGGAAAUGCUGAAGCGUGAUCAGAUCAAUGAUCCCAAUGACACUCUCCCCCGUUCUGAUACACUGCAGCAACUCUGCGUGCUCGUACCCAUGCUGGAGUCCGUGAGGCCAGACGAGGGCAACUACUCCAUCUGCAAUAUGGGCCUCAACGCCAUCCGCAAGGUGCUCGAUCGAUUACUUUCCAAGCCACGAAAUUCGGUCGUGCUAGAUACCGGCCAUGAGUUCCUCGACAAUACGCAUUUUGGCGCCAAUAUUGGCAAUGAUGCAGACUUUUUGCAGUGGCUGGGGACGGUGGACUUUGAUGCGAACGCUUCCUGGAUGGAUCCUUCUCCUGCAGUUUGUUAUACGGAUAGUUCGGAUUUGGUCAUGCAUGCGGCGGCGAGUGUAUGA